GCAGUUUAGCAACAGAGGUCGUCGUAUCGCUUGUCUUCCUCUUGGCAUCCCGAGCCCAAUGCAAACAAAAACCUUUUCACGUUUUAUUAUCGUAAGCCAGUUGUAUUUUUGUAAUCUGACUACGUGAAACGCUGCAUUAUUGUUGUGAUGCACUGACGCGUUCGCGUUCCACUCUCCGACCUUUGUUACUGUUGUGAGACGUUACGAUUUUUAUUAUUGCUGUCUCGACCAAGUCGACAUCCACACGUUCGCCGUCUCACGUUGUUUGCUUGAUGAACAACGUCCGAACCAUAAAAUAUUGUGUAAAUUAUUAUAUUUCGUGCAGUUUUUCAUAAGCAUUAAUCGUCGAAAACAACCCUGACGAUGACCGCUUCCGCGGGUAUUGCGUGCCUUUGUAGGCCUCUGGCUUUUUUCGGCCUCGUCGCACUGUUGUCCUCCGGUGCUUUGGCUAAUGUUGAAACUAUCAUUGUCCAAAAACAUGUCCAAAUGCUCGGCUCACAAGAAUGCACGUAUGGUCCGUCGUUUUGGUGUAAAAAUAUUACUAAUGCUGCCGGAUGUAAUGCUGUCAAACAUUGUAUUCAAACAACUUGGGUUACACAGACAUAUCCAGAAGAUAAUGAUGAUAUUUGUACUAUUUGUAAAAAUAUGGUGAAAGAAGCUCGUGACACACUCACCAGUAAUGUUACAUUGGAAGAAUUGAAAGAAGUCUUUGAUGGAUCUUGUAACUUGUUGCCAUUAAAAAUAAUUAAAAACGAGUGUAAAAAAUUAUCGGAUGAUUUUAUACCUGAACUUGUGGACACUUUGGCUUCACAAAUGGACCCAAAUGUUGUUUGCACUGUAUCUGGAUUGUGUAAUAAUGCACGUAUUGAUAAGCUGUUAUUGGAAAAUAAAGAAAAAGAACAACCAACAGUUGAUAGUGAACACCAUCAAUGUGAACAAUGUACUAUUGUUAUGGACAAAGGAGAAUAUUUACUUCAGAGCAUGUCUAAAGAUGAUGUUCUAAAUAAAAUAUUACUGAUGUGUGGAGAACUGAGCAGUUAUUCUGACGCAUGCAGUAGUAUAGUAUUAACAUAUCACAAUGAAAUAUUCAAUACCAUUAAAAAUGGCUUUAAUAAACGUAAUGUGUGUUUGUUGAGUGGUAUGUGUUCAGAAAUAUUUCAUCCCCAUGCUGAUGGUUAUGAAAAAUCAAAAAAUGCUUUGAUGGGCGUUGAAAUUAGCAAUGCUGGUGAGCGAGGUAGAAUUCAAAUCCAAAAAUCUGAUAAAGUCAAUGAUGAUUUGACAUGUGAAUUUUGUGAAACCUUGGUCAAACAUUUGAGAGAUAUUUUGGUUGCCAAUACGACUGAAGAACAAUUUUCAGAUGUAUUGAAAGGUCUUUGCAAACAAACUAGGAGUUUCUCAAACGAGUGUUUAGCAAUAGUUGAUGAAAAUUAUGCACGUAUUUAUCAAUUCCUUGUUAACGAAUUGAAUGGAAAUGUUCUUUGUACAAUAGUUGGUAUUUGCCCCAAAUCUCUAAACUCUCGUUAUAAUCUUGACUAUAUGAUACCAGUGUAUCCUCUUAUUCCUAUUGAACUUCUACAAAGCCAGGAAACGACUAAAAUUGAAAAAGAUAGUUCAUUUACUGCUAAAAAAGAACAAAAUGAAAAUAAACCUACACUUGUCGUUGUCGAUGAACAACCUCCAAAAAUUCAAAAUAUUAAUGUCGUUAAAAAAUCUCCAGUUAUUGAUGUAUUCUAUAAGGAAAUGCAUUUUGUUGUCAAUGACGUCAACAUGCCUACUGAUAAAACUGCAUGUUUCUUGUGUCAGUCGAUUUUAAAUUAUGUUCAACAAGUAGUAACUGAUCCAAAAUCUGAAGCAGAAAUCCGUACAGCAUUGGAAAAAUCCUGUUUGGUUGUACCAUCAUCAUUUGAACAACAAUGUAAACAAUUUGUCGAUCAAUAUGGCGAUGCCUUUAUUUCACUUGUAGCUCAAGAAGUUGAUCCAUCAAUAAUCUGUCCAGAAUUGAAAUUAUGUCCAGUAGCAGAUUUGUCUUUGACUUCAAACAAAAAUAGUGAAAGUUCUAAUAAUUGUCCAAUGUGUGUUAUUUUUAUGUCAGCUUUAGAAUCUGAGAUUUCUAAUAAAGAUACAGAAGAAGUGAUUAAAAAAAAAUUAGAGAAGUUGUGUACCAAACUACCAUCUAAAUGGAAAGGGGAAUGUACAGAUUUUGUUUCAUCCCAGCUGCAAAGUAUACUUGAUAUGUUAGUUGCUCAAGUUAAGCCUGAAGAAAUUUGUGUUUUAUUGGACAUUUGCAAACCAAAGACCAUCUCUGAAAGUGCGGAAAAUGAUUUAGAAACAAAUAUGAUUGCUACAGCUGGACAAAUUACUGUAGUGUUUCCUGGGUACAAUAUGGGACAAUUAUUGGCCAAUAAUUACAAAAUGUUGGAAGAGCCAAAAAUUCCGACUCCUUUUUGUGUAGUAUGCACUGUUGUAAUGAAAUAUUUGAAUAGUGAAAUUAGAGACAAAACAAAUCAAGAUGAAAUAGAACACGUUUUAGAAUCAAUAUGUAGUAUAUUACCCAAUGUAGAAGAAAAUGAAUGUCAAUCUUUUAUUGAUUCAAACUAUUUACAAAUUAUCAAAUUUAUUCAAGUUGGAACAGACCCAGGUAUUGCGUGUAUGGCGUUAAUGGUGUGUGAAGAAAACAAAAUUGAGGGUAAAAUAAACGUAGACUUAUCAAAAAAGAAUGUAAAAGAGUCUGUUGAAUUGGAUAGUUCUAAUAGUUGUGCCGCUUGUGAAGCAUUUAUCACUGUAUUUGAAGAUCGCUUAACUAAUGAUUCAGUAAGCGUUGACGACAUAGAUUUGAUUGAACUGUGCAAUGAAGUUGACAUCGCUUCUAAAGACGAGGUCAACGAUAUGCUGAAACUUGUCAAGUACAGUUGUAAAGCCAAAUUUGAUGACAACAACGAUUGGCUCAUUAGAGCUCUAAUUGAGAAGUUGCGAACCACGUGUACCAAACAGUAUAUGAAAAAAAAGGAUGUAAAAUUUCAUCCCAAGUGUAGCAUUUGCAAGGACAUAAUCCGCGAUAUCAAACAUAAAAUUGAAACCUCUCCAUUUGAAAAAGAUAUUCAGUAUAGAUUAGAAUCAUUGUGUGACGUUCUACCAAACAAGGACAAGUGUGUUGACUUUGUGGAGCAGUACUCUGAAAAAUUUCUCAAUACUUUAAUAGAUGAUAUUAAAGAACAAAAAGUGUGCGCUGAAAUUGGAUAUUGCUAA